AUGAAUACACCCGUGUUGUGCGAUUUCAAACCUUUGGAAAUUGUUAAGGAACAAUCAAAAAGGCCUUGCCUGAUCUAUCAAGAUAUAAAAUUUGAAAAACCAACACAGAUUGCCUUCAUCAUAUUUCGGAAUUAUUAUUGUUCUCAUAUUACCAUCAAAUAUAAAGCUCAAAAUGGAACAUUUAUUACUCUCCUCUCUAAAUAUCAACUAAUGGAAAAUGCAAAUUAUGAAAAUGAUUCUCAAAAUUAUGUUAGAAUUAAUUGUGGGAAAGAUUUCAAUUCAAAUUACAAAAAGGAUAUGCAAUUCAAUAAUUUGAGGUUUUAUUAUUAUCAAACUUCACCAAAUUGGAAAUCCUUUUGUUUAACUAAUUUUUCCUUCUACAAACCAAUUCUAUUUCACAAAUCUAAUGAAAAGAUUGAGGAGACUGCUGUACAAAAACUGGGAGGUGUUCUUGAGGAUAUCAAACAAGAUAAAGAAAUUCGAACCAUCGCAUCUCUCAAAGUCAAAUAA